AUGGCGCACGACACUCCCCCAGUUUACGUGUCCAAUACUCGACAAUUGCAAGGUUUUCUAAGCCUGAAGAAAAUCGAACAACUACAUCUCUGUGUGGAGAUUACGGAGAACAGAGCAAGCGAGAAGAGUAAAACAUUUUUGAGCUUUAGCUCAGAAGCAGAAGCAGAAGCUUCAGUAGUUGAGUCCAGAGACGAAAAUUACAGUGGGAGUUACGAUAGUUACAGUUUAGAGAACCGAUUUGAUAUAUUCGACGAUUCAGACGAUGCGUCAUCUGAAGAUGAUAACUUCAGCUCAUAUGGUGAGUCCCCUACAGAUGACAAAGAUUCACCAACUCUACCUCCCAAGAAGAGAGAUCAGAACUUCUCGAUGAGGGGAUCUAAAGGGAAUUUGGAGGUUCUAAGUUUGGAGAUGUCGUCGAUAGACAUUGCGGUAGGUCAACGUUACGAUAGUAAAGACGAUUUGGAGAAACGACUGAAACUUCUUACAGUGAGGUAUAAAUUUGAUUUUGAUGUAGAAACAUCAACCCCGACAUCAUACGUUGUUAAGUGUUGGGUUGAUGGAUGUCUCUGGAGAGUUUGUGCUUCUACCUUAGGAGAAUCCAAGGCGUUUUUUGUUCGUAUUUACGGUUCGAAGCAUACAUGUUCCUGCACAGAGCGUUCUAAUCGACCUCGACAAGCAACACCAGAUAUUUUAGGUAUGUUGUACAAGAACUUUCUCGGCGACGUUGGUCCGGCCGUUUGCCCUAUGAGCGUCGGAAUAGCUAUCACUAAGCAGUUUGGUAUAAAGAUGGGUUAUUGGAAAUCACACCGGACGCUGAAAUUUGCAAGGGAAAUCGAUGAGGGAACACCUGAGUGUGGGUUUGAAAGCUUGCCUUCUUACUUAUACAUGAUAAGAAGGGCAAAUCCGAGUACAGUUACGCGUCUUCAAAUCGAUGAGCUUGGAAGAUUCAUGUAUGUGUUUCUUGCCUUUGGUGCGAGCGUUAAUGGGUUUCCUUUCAUGCACAAAGGUGUUGUAGUCGACGGUACGUUUCUCAAUGGUAAAUACAAAGGGACGCUACUCACAGCACUAGCUCAGGACGGUAACUUCCAGAUUUUUCCAAUAGCCUUCGCAGUGGUUGACACAGAAAAUGAUGAUUCGUGGCAUUGGUUUUUUACGCAACUAAAACUUCUGAUUCCUGACGACGAGGGUCUUGCGAUAAUCUCGGACAUGCAUAGCUCGAUAGGGAAAGCAAUUAGAAAUGUGUAUCCGUUGGCUGCUCGGGGAAUAUGCACCUACCAUUUAUAUAAGAACAUAUUGGGACAGUACAAAGGAAAAGAAGCAUUCCGUUUGGUGAAGAAAGCGGCAAGAUGUUUUAGGAUGUCUGACUUUACUGCGAUUUUCGAGGAGAUUGAAGCGAUUCAUCCUGCACUCCACGGCUACCUCCAAAGAGCUGAUGUCCGCCUGUGGACGCGUGUUCAUUUCCCGGGCGAGAGAAUCGAUACGGGUUAUGAUGACCAGAUGGGUCGUGUAACUGCCGCCAGAGAAUUGACGGUCCAAAGGAUUGAUGAUCAUCACACUGAAGUUAAAUAUGGAUCUUCUAGCGAGUCUUUGAAUGUUGUUAAUUUGGUAGAGCGAAAGUGCACAUGUCAGCGUUUCGAACGCGAGAAAUUACCAUGUGUACACGCAAUCGCAGCUGCGGAGUACAACAAUGUUUGUCGUAUAUUCCUGUGCAGUCCGUACUAUAACAGUGAAUAUUUGGUGAGCGCAUACGCCGAAUCUAUCAUGCCGGCUGACGAAGCGCAACCUGUUCCAGAAAUCGUGGCAAACCAACCGUGCUUGCCCCCGUAUAUUCGUCAACAACCAGGAAGACCUAAUAAAAAUAGGAUGAAAUCUGCUUUAGAAGUUGCACUGUAA